AUGGCUCACAGACAAUUCUUUGUUGGUGGUAAUUGGAAGUCCAAUGGAACCCAAGCUUCAGUCAGAGAGCUAAUCGAGCAGGUUUUGAACCCUACUCAGAUUGACUUUGCUAGAGUUCAAGUUGUUGUCGCCCCAGUUUCAAUCCAUUUGCAAUUUGCAAGAUCCCUUCUUAAGCCUGAAAUUUCUGUCUCAGCUCAAAAUUGCAGCUUGACUGGCCCAGGCGCUUUUACAGGCGAGGUGGCAGCAGAACAAAUAAUUGACUUAGGACUCAGCUGGACCAUAUUAGGCCACUCUGAAAGAAGAACUCUUUAUGGAGAAACAGAUGAUGUCGUCUCCAAAAAAGUCAAUAGAGCUUUGGCCCACGGGCUCAGCGUAAUUGCAUGCUUUGGUGAGAAUCUUCAAGAAAGAGAAGCUAACGUUACCCUUGACGUUGUUGCUAGACAAUUGGCUGCACUUAAAGAAGGAAUCACUGAUUGGAGCAAGGUUGUUUUGGCUUAUGAACCAGUCUGGGCUAUUGGAACUGGAAGAAAUGCAACACCAGAGCAAGCUCAAGAAGUUCAUGCUAUGAUCAGAAAUUGGUUGGGCACCAAUGUUAGCGCAGAAGUAGCUGCUCAUACAAGAGUCAUUUAUGGAGGAUCUGUCACUGACCAAAACGCUGCACAAUUGAUUGCACAGCCUGAUGUUGAUGGAUUCUUAGUUGGUGGAGCUUCACUUAAACCAGCAUUUAAAGUGAUUUUGGAAGCUACUAAUGCACAUCAUUUAGCUCAGUUUCCUUAA